CUUGAUCUUUUUUCAGUGCCCCAUAGAAUUCCCAAUAACAAAACAACAUAUAUAAAAUUCUCCACGCUUCUUGUGUUUUUAAAAGACUUCAAUUUGUUUGGUGAAUGUAUAUAUAAAAAUGUUUCACCUCAGAUUCAUUACUUUUGUUGUUUUCCUGAUAUGCGGUUUCGGUGUAAUGGGGCUAGAAGAACAUGACAUAUGUACCACAAAAGCUGGUCUUCAAGGUGAGUGUCUUAAAGACUUUGAAUGUAAAUCUGCAAUAGAGAGUAUUCGCAAGGGUAUUGUACCGACAGAUGUAUCAUUAUGUGGUUUUUCAAAUCACCAGCCCAUUGUAUGUUGUGUAGAUAGUCCUACAGACAGUACAGACAUACCUAUUCCAACUUCUUCGCUAGUACAGAAUGAAAAUAAAUCUGACAGAACUGGACCAGGUCCUGGAAAUAAAGCAAAUAAAAUGUGCCAGGUCUACAGUGCAUAUGCUUACGUUAUUGUAACAGUAUCUCUUUUUGGAAGGCCUCAUCGGUAUCUUGAUUGUCGAAUAUACAAUGAUGAACUAAUUGUGGGUCCAACACUUCCAGACGGGAAAGAGUUUCCUCACAUGGUACAAAUUGGAUAUGGUUUAGAUUCUGAUGUAAAAUGGGGAUGUGCAGGAUCACUUAUUAGUGAAAAUUAUAUUCUAACAGCAGUCCGUUGCAUAAAACAUAAGACAAAGGGAGAUGCCAAGUUCGUUAGAGGAGGAGUAUAUACAGAAGAUCAUAGCCUUAUUUUGCAAGUCAGAGAAAUAGCUGAAGUAAUAUUACCUCCCAACUAUUCAGAUAUUAAAAAUGAAAGUUUGGUAUUGUUCAAAGUCAAAACAAAUUUCAAGUUAAACGGCUUUAUACGUCCAGCUUGUCUUUACACGAAAAAUGGUAGUCCUCAGAAUCGGUUCGUAACAGCAGGUUGGAAGCUUGCAGAAUCUGGCGAUAAAGAUGGUCAAAAGUUACAUAGAGUCUACGUGCAACCCUUAGCAGAAGAUAAAUGCGACAAAAUCAACUCGAUCUGUGCUAAAGCAGCUACUAAAGGUUAUUAUGGAGAUAUUUGCAGUGUCGAUAUCGGUGGGCCACUUAAUCACUUUCGGCCGGACACAGCUGAUAUUAAAUGCAUGCACGAUAUCGUAGGAAUCAAAGUGGAAGAUACAGAAUGUGAAACUGGCGAAAAUGGCAUAAACGUAUAUACCAAAGUGUAUAAUUAUAUCAAAUGGAUUGAAGAUACUGUGUGGCCAUAGUCAUGUUGUAUAAAUCAGUAUUAAAAUAUUAGUUUUAAAUUAUUUUUUUAAUAAAUGUUUUAUUCCAUUUUGUUGGCUCUUUCUACUGUAUGGAAUAUUAAAAAUCAAUAAAAUUUAAUAAUUGAACUUUG